GAUGUAUGUAAACUGUGUGCGGUGCUGUGGUUUGUUAUGCCCACACGCUUACAUGUGGUUUUGUCAGCUCAUUCCAUUUUAAUCAUUCGUCGGGUGUGCAUCGCCAUAUAGACCCAAGCAAAGCGAGUGGAGAAUUUGUCAAUCCCUAGGUGCAUACACACUGCUCGGGAAGAUUGAACAAGUGGAGAGGUGGAAAACGAUCGUGUGUGCGUGUUGUGUGAAUUGUAUUGCUAAAAACACACGUGUCCAUCGCAAUUAUUCUGCCUCGUGUUUGUUGAAACAACGACCGUUACUGAACAGGCAGUGGAAAGUACACGCGAUAGAGUUCUGUGAAAAGUAUUAUUCUGCUACGGAUCCGAUAGAAGAUAAAGACAAACCGCAAAAAUGGCUCUUUCAACUAGUGCUAAUUUCAUUAAAUAUUUGUUAUUCCUAUUUAACUUUUUCUUCGCGAUCACGGGCGUAAUUAUAAUGGCCGUUGGUUUGACGGUUCAAGGAGCGUAUCACAAUUUCCGGGACAUUCUCGAUGCAAAAUUUUUCAGUAUUCCCACCUUCCUAGUGGUGAUCGGAUCGUUUAUCUUUGUGAUUGCCUUUUUCGGGUGCUGUGGCGCUUAUAAGGAAAAUUAUUGCAUGAUCCUAACGUUUUCGGUCCUGUUAAUUUUGAUUUUUAUUCUGGAACUGGCGGCUGGAAUCAGCGGAUAUGUGCUGCGUAAUGAUACCAGGGAGCUUGUUAGUAAUGCGCUCAACUCCUCCAUGAAGAGCUACGGUGGAGAGAAUGGUGGUGAUAUUACAUUGAUUUGGGACGAGAUUCAGGUCGACUUCGAUUGCUGUGGAGUUUAUAAUAGCUCGGAUUGGUCGCGUGCAAACCCAACAAAGUUCAAUGAAACGUUCCUUCCGAUGACUUGCUGUCGGAAACAGACGGGUGCCGUUGGAUACGUAUCUUGUCCGGAUCCCAACAGUGCUACUCUGCGCAAAACUGGAUGUAUCGAUUCUUUCGGCGACUUCAUCAAGGCACACGCUGUAAGCCUAGGUGCUGCCGGUAUAGCGCUGGCUGUCAUUCAGUUCUUUGGUAUUCUUUUUGCUUGUUAUCUUGCGAAACAAAUCAAGGUGCAAGGAGUAAGUAGUACCUAUUAGCAUCCAUACCUGUUCGUCACGAUGUGUAGUUGAGUUUAUAGCAGUUACAUUAUGCUUCACAAAGAGAUGUAUUAACACAUGCAACACACGUAAAUAAAGAAGAACGAAAAUUUAGA